AUGAAACGAAAAGAAAAGAGCGUCACCGGCACGAGGGUGUUUGACCGACAGAUGUGUGAUGUGGAGCAGCAUCGUGAGGUGAAGACGUCUUCCUCGCGGCAGCUGCAGGCGGUAAGAACAUCAGAGCUUCUCGAGCGCAUCCGUGGCAAUGAUCCGACGCUGCGGAGCCUGCGCGUGUCUCCUGAACUCCUCAAAUCACCAGAAGUCUUGAAGGCGCUGCUGCGGAAUAACAGCAUUCGCAGCGUUGUUUUUGUAAAUACGAUCCCAAAAACGGUUUCAGAGGCAGCGUGGGCAAGGUUUCUUGCCUGCCUGUUUCAUCUACCACUGCACAGUAUUAAUGCAGGAGGUGGCAUGCAGUUGCCAGCGCAUUUCAUGAGGCACUUGCUGGAGCUUGUGGAGUAUUCUUGUGGUGUUGGACGGGGCUGUAAAUGGCUCCCAGAGGAGAGUGACAUCCUCAAUGUAAAAGCUGCAGCGCCAGCAGCAGAUGGGGUUGCGAGUGCGGCGGCAAACUUUGUUGCGGAUGACUUGAAGGCUGAGGCGGCAUUGCAAUUCCUUGACCUGUCGGGAAGUCACAUUACGGAGUCGCAUGCAAGAUGGUUGGCGCGGACGCUGUUCCAUCCUCGAUGUUCGCUGCGGCAUGUUGACCUUUCAGAGUGCCUCCUGGGCACUGUGGGCCUACAGAACUUGCUGCUGGAGGAGUCAGCUUUAACCUCACGCCUCACCGCUGAGGUCGUGGCUGCCACACAAAUUGAGGUUUUAGACCUGCGGUGGAAUGGCGUGACGGAGGAUUUUGGCCUUCGCGUCUUUCUUGACUCCUUGGAGGCGUAUUCCACCUGCAUCACGUGUGUGGUGGCGCAUGGGAACUACCUCUCUCCUGGAUUGCACCAGCGACUCGCGGAGCGAAAGGCUAGGAUGUGGCCAGUCAUUGUGGGCCGGCGUCAGGCGAGGCACGCCGAGGCGGAGGAGCUGAAGCGCAUACGACGGCGGAGGCAGCAGGCCGCUUAUUCUUCUUCUUAUGGGUCUGUGUUGAACCUCCUUCUAUCUGUUGCCGCCGAGUCAUCGUCGUCCUUUCCGUUUCUUCACCUGCUGGACUCUCUCCUGCGUAUGGAGGAGUAA